UCUAAAUUUCCAGUUGCCACAAUGCAAUAUAUCCGUGUCUACGACCUAACCCUCCACGAUUCGGAUUUCGUCGAAGAGAUGGUCCUGACGACUGGAAACGUAGAAGACGUCGUAAUUCUGAAUCAGGACAAUGGAAACAUCCGCAUCCUCGUGCUCGCCUCAUCCGGCUAUCUCUACGAGCACAACAUCACCGACUGCUCAGCCGACAACAACUCGAUAUUCCUGACGAACGUCGUAAAUACUCCCGGAAUGGAUAUGAACGGAGACGGUGUCUCUCUUCACUACUCAUCCACUUUUGAUCUACUUUUCGUUUCACUGGAUACAGCUCUCUACGUGGCACGUCUUCCCGACGCUGGAUCUCCGCCGAUUUACGAUUGGAAGUUGUUGAAUAUCAAAUGGCCAGUAGAAGUGUGGAGAGAGUCAGCUGGGUUGAUUUCGUGUCUGUCCAAAGAGAUCUCAGAUCAAGUGAUCUAUUUUCUACCCCAAGAAGAUAAGAUAUUGAUUCAAAAGACGCAUGUAAAACGGCCAAUCUCUACCUACUUCCUGCUUAUCAGUUCUAAAAAACAAGCCAUCUACUCUUGCUUGCUGUUCGCUGAUCUCCCGACUUGUGAAAUCUGGGAAACCACGUGGCAACUGACACAUGACUUAUGGAUUGAAGACGUGCCUAGUGAGAGGUUCGCGGUGGAGAUAGUGGAUACACAAGGCGCCACACCACGUCCUCUGGAUAAGCGGGAUGCUGUGCUGAUGGCUGAGCAGAUAGAGCCAAUUGGAAGUGUUGAUUGGAGUUGUAGGGAGAUUGAGGCAUUCUACACGCAUGAUGAGUUGAAUCAUCGGAUGGCGGCGGUUCAGGAGAAUUGUAUGCCGAUUACGGUAGUUCAGCAGACACAUUUCACGUUGUUGGCCAGGAUUACUAAUUCGAGAAUCGUUCGAAUGAUUCGUGUGGAGGUGGAAGGUCCAACAGGUCCAGAUUUCCUCAAAAUCGGUGGCACUCGCUAUUCAAUCAACUCUCGAGAACAUAAAGCCUUCGAUCUGCGUCUCUCACGAGAGGAAUCUCUAAACAUGGACCACCGGGAGAUAUCGAUCGAAGUGAUUCCCAAAUCAACACAAAACACUAUCAAAAUCCGAUCUCUGAAGUUGUACGGAUGUGAUCGAGAUCAAAUGGACGAAGUUCAGCCGCGAUUUGAGAGACAACCCGUUUUGAGUACCUCCAAUCGAUUGGUUUUCGCCGUUUUGGGAUUUCCGGGAUUGGAGAAAAAGUGGGCGGAGCGACAGGCGAAGAAACAUUUAUCUAGGAAACUGAAUCAUCCGAUGGUUUAUGGAGCAGCUCUGAGAGCAAUUAUCAGGGCGAAUAGUCCCGGAAAUUUGGAUGAGAAUUUGUUUAGAAUCAUCGACAGCGCGUAUCUCCAAGAAUGGAAGGCCCUUCCCGAAUGGACAGACGCCGUAGGUUUCCACGAAAUGCGUACCAACUACAUUGAGCAAUUGCUCAUCCGUCUCCAAGCGGUCCGUACCCGAUGGGCAUUCUUCUACAAGACGCUGAAACACGAAUUCAAUGGUUCAGUGACGAAAUUCGUUGAGAUAAUGAUUGAGGAAAUGAAACGAAUGCCACUUCACAGAUGCUCAAUGAUUGCUCAGGCCAUCGUAAAAGUGGUCUUCGGACUUCUGAGCCAUACGACCUCCGACGAUUCGGAGCAUUUGAUUCAAAUCUUUUUGGACAUUUUCACAGAUCAACCGACUUAUCACUUGGCAAACGACAUGAGAUCAGCAGUGCAGGAGACGAUCACAAGAUAUGAGAAUUCGAUGAAGAAACAGGCGAAAACCCUGGAGAUAUUCCAUCAUAGAAUUGGUUAUCGUGUCACUCGAGUCGCGGAAUCUGGCAUUGGACAGUUCUACGGGUGUCCGAAGAUUGUCGAAGAGAGCUCGGAUUCAGUAUUGAUUUCUCAGAUUAAUGGAAUCAAGCAAUCGCACGAGGCAGAUGAUACGCAGUGGUUGCAAUUGCUGAUUAACAUGGUUUUGAACAAGCUGACGAGAUCCAAAUCCACCACCACGUGGCAAAACAUUUCCGACUCUCCAUCGUACAAUCUGUCUCGAGUGCUCGCCAGCUGUGUCGCGAUUCUCGAUUCGAAAGUCGUCGCUAACCAUUUCACGCAUCUCGUUAGCCUAAUCAAAUACGACGCCGAUCAAAUCUACCCGUUCACCGAGGAGUCCUAUGCCAACUAUUCGCUUCUGCGCUCUGUCGAACUGCUGCUUUUCGUUUGUCUGGAAAAACGAUGUGAGGCUGGAUGCGAGUGUAGCGAAGCGAUCACCGAGAGACUUUUGAAAGAACUUCAAUCGGUUGGAAUUCGAGAUUUGUGUUUUAAAGUGCUGGAAAAGUUGAUUCCUGAGUGGAAAGGCCGAGGUCCCGCCACGAUUACAAGGGGUAGUACGGUAGAGGGAGGACAUCAGAGGAAGGUUUGGUUGCCGCAUCUUCCAUUGGUUUCGAGUUCAGCCAAUCCACCGAAUGCAGCCGUUUUGAAAUCCUCCGACUGGCCAUCCAACAGCAAUGACGCCUACAUAAUCUCCUGCACCGAUCUGGUCCUUCUCAUCCCUCAACACCUUCAUGAACUCGAUCGGAAGAAAUCGAUACCCCGGGACGAUCGUUGGUUCCAGAAACUGUGUCAACUGAUGACCUACUCAAUAGGUUGCUCGGCUUAUCGACAAUCGAAGAAGCUUCUGAUGGCAAUGUGCAAUGGGGACGAGACUAAAUACAAAAUCAUGCGAGACAAGUACAAAAUGCAGGAUCUUCUUCAGCAGCUGGUCCGGAAGUAUGUGGAUGUUAGUAAAGAGAUUGGAGGACAUCAGCAGCUCACGGAGAUUGUGGAUAUUCUGGCGGCAAUUACGAAAUUGGCACUGGCAAGGCCGGAUAUGUGGAGUGAUGUCGCUAGUACUUAUACCACGUGGCUCCUGCGUCUCGCUUGCUAUACAGCCGACGUCGUUGCAUCUCAAGUCGUCGAACUCCUCAUCGUGGCGGUCCGUGAUUCAUCCGUCGGCGGACAACUCAGCAUCCAACUGGCCGAUAGUAUAAUCGAAGCGGAGAAUGGAGAGUUCAUUGAGAAAAUCAUCAAACGAUUCUUAAUUGGAAAAGAUGAACAAUUGAGAUGGACACUUCAUGGAAUGCUUCGUUCUGUUAUCCAAUUGGCCUCUCGUCAAAAUCAGUGCUCUAUCGUCAAGAAGCUCUACAAUAUGAUGUAUCCAUUGGUGGCAAAUCUUGGAGUGCAGGGUGCCCAACUAGUCGAUCUGAUUGCCACGUACGCUCCUCGCGUCUUUAGCUCUUCUGAGCUCGUUUCAAUGACACAAUCGGAAAUCUCAACCAUCCAAAAACUGAGCAAUCUUCUGAAUGAAGAAGGAUAUCGAGGGAAUUAUAGGUUGAUGAGUGAAUUGGGUCUCGGAUGGAAGGCGAUUCAAUUCGACCGUAAUCCGUGUCUGGUGUGUUUCCAAACGAAAGGAAGUCACGAUGUGGUGAAGAUGACAUCGAUGCGGCAAGACGCUAGAUACUCGCCCAACACGAUGAUUUAUAAGCUGAUUUCGAACUAUGAGAUUUCGAAGGUCACCAUCAAACUAUCCGAUGUGAAAAGAACGAAAACCAUCAAAAAAGUGUCGCUCUACUACUCGGCAAAAUCCGUGGAAUCAGUUGAACUCAAACUGCAUCCAGAUCUAUGGAGAAAGUGUGCAAUGGUCACUGUACCUGACAACGAGAUAUGCAUCAAUUUGGCACUAGCCGUCCCCGUGGUCACUUCCUCUCUUGUCAUUGAAUUCGAAGAAGUCGCUGAUCAACGUGGAAUCAGUCAACUCCACUGUCCCAGAUGUUCCGGUCCCGUUCGUUCGCAAUCCGGAGUUUGUGAUGGGUGUGGAGAGAACGCGUUCCAGUGUGUCAAGUGUCGAGCCAUCAACUACGUGGAACGAGAGCCGUUCCUUUGUCAGAGUUGUGGAUACUGUAAGUACGCGAGGAUCGAUGUUCUGGCGACGUGUAGAGCUCUUCCGGGAGCACAACACAUCACUUGUGAUGCGGAGAGAGGACAGUGUAUACAGGAGAUUACGCAGUUGUUGGUGAAAAUGGACACGACGAGGACCAAGUUGACUGGGUAUAGGGCCGUCUGUGAGUCCCUCUACCUGAAGCCCCGCCCCCUUCCAGCCUACCGUCUCCACGUGGAAAACACUCACAUCGCCGAAUUCUUUGAAGCCAAUGGAUCAGUGAAUACCGAACAACAACCAUUCCAAUCGGUGACUCAACCAAUGGCAAAUCUCUCCAACUCCAUCAAAAACCUCCACGGAGAACUGUGUCAACAGACUCAACAACUAAUGUACCUUCAUGAGGAACUCAAUCGCUAUGAUCAUUCGAAUGAGAUCUCAGUUGUCUGUUAUAAACCACAGAACUCUUCGUACUACUCAACGAGUGAAUCCUGCUUCGGAUGCCUUUGCAAUCAGCUACUCCACUCCAUCGCCUUGUUACACUCCUCUUGUGACGAUGAGAAUGCGUUGAAUCUCCUUCUAUCUUCUGAUUCUGUCAUUGAGAAACUCGGAUGCCUUGGCCAAACGUACGAACCUCUUCGUGAGGAAAUCGAGGAGCUCCUAGUCCGCCUAAUGUUCAAUCGAUCCGAUAUGACAACGAAAAUCCAGAAGCUCAUCGAGUCGGGAGACGUCAACUUGUCGGUGAUGGUCAAGUCGUUGAUGUAUGCGGCGGACCCGACGUGGCAACAGAAACUCAAGCUACUCAUUCGAUUUGCAAUCGAGAAGCGGGACGAGAAUAGUUGUCUACAGGCACUGAUGGUGUUGAAUAAGUAUUUGGAGGCGACGAAAAGUGUGACUGUAGAGGAGAGGAGAAGAAGUCGAAUGAGUGGGAAGGAGAGUGUGGUCAGAUGGUUGACUAGUGACGACGACUGGAAAGACUGCUGCUCAAUCGCCUCCACCUCUCAUACCAAAGCCCCGCCCACUCCAUCCAAUCCCUAUCAAUGGAUUUCCGAAUGUCUCUUCUCCCAAUGGAUGUCCGUUCGUUCAGCAGCGAAUCAACUGCUAGUCUCACUCUCCCGCCAAUCCUUCCACGAGCCAAUUUCCCUUCUAAUUCUUUGUGAAAAUAUUCCAAAACUCGGAGAAAUGCCAUCAAGAUCCUGCGAUCAGUUCAUGGCCUCCUGCCAUACCAUAAUCGACUCAUCAGCCAACACAAAAACCCGCCUAUUCAUCCAACAAUUCCACGUGUAUCUCAUCCGACGCAUCCAUGAAGAAUGUGCCAACCUACAUGAGCAAUCAAUCAGCCUCCUGACUGAUAACUCGUUUGGAGAACGUCUCCGUUGUUUCGUUGAACUCUUAUCACUUCUUUUAUCUGGAUCCAAUGUUGAGAAUGUGCUUCUGAAGGCUGGUGCCGAUGAUUUAUUGAUUUUCUUGUUGCACUCGACGAUUUUCCUGAAACGAAUGAUGACUCGACGAACGAGAGCGAUCGAUUCGUCGCGGAUUGCGUUGGAGAAGCUGUUGAAAAGGGUUUCGAGUCGGGAUGGGACCAAAUUGAUGAGUGUAUGUGUGGAAUCGCUGAAGCUGGUUAAGGAUACGUCGACGCUGGGAAUCAUCGUUGGCGUCAUGAUGGAAAUUAUGAACCCACAACAGCAACAGGAGGAAUCGUUCUACAUUCAAAUCGAGAAAGAUGUGGCUCAGGAGGAUUUCUUGCAGGGCAGAAUGGCCAAUAAUCCAUAUAGUUCUUCGGAUCCUGGCAUGGGACCACUGAUGAGAGACAUCAAGAAUAAGAUCUGUCGUGACACGGAAAUGAUAGCCCUGAUGGAGGAUGAUAACGGAAUGGAGCUACUCGUCGGUGGAAAUAUAAUAUCACUUUCUCUAUCAGUUCGAGAUGUCUAUGAUCGUCUAUGGAAGCGGAAUAACAUUGGAGCGCCGAUGCUGAUCGUGUAUAGAAUGCGUGGAUUGAUGGGCGACGCUGUGGAGACGUUCAUUGAGAAUUUCGGUGUUGCGGAGGACUCGGAUGAGGAUGCAGAGGAGGAUGAGCAAUUGGCAAAGAUGACCAGCUGUUUGACGAAGUGUGGAGGGAUCGAUAAGCUGAUGGAUUUGCUGGCGACUAGUGUGGAUUCGAGUUCGGGAAGAUUCCUGCUUGGCCACCUCCGAAAGAUCUUCGAACGAAUCGUCAAAAUUCCAAGCGGCCGUCGCGCUCUAAUCGAACGUCAAAUGCCGGAGAGAAUGUUCUCAGUGGUGCGCACUUGCUGUGCGGAUCCAACGAACGAAUCGAAAGUUCAAAUCGGUCUGGAACUCUAUAAAGUCGUCGAAUUCGUCGUUUCCGACAAACAAGUCCAAGACAUUUUGGGCGGAAUCCAGAAGGAAGAUGCCACGUGGUGGUUUGAUUUGUUCGAAAAACGAGGAAACGAGGAAGGAUCAGUGACUGAGAUGCACCGGAAAACCGCCCAACUUUUGGAUCAAAUGACUGCCAGCAUUGGAAACGUCGUGCUGGGAUCACAUGAUUCAGAAGACGUGCUCGUGGAGAUGUACAAAAGGAUUCUGAAGUGGGAAGUGAUUGAUGCGGGAGUUACUGCCGCUGAACAGAGAGCCAGAGUUACCAUAUCCCGUCGAGACCAGACGAUAAUGAUGACUGAGCAAUUGGCAACGAUCACAUCGAAUCUUCUACAAUCCACGUAUGGCAUCCGUCUGAAACAGAAGAUUCUAGACUCUGGAGUCAUUGAUUCCACGUGUCAGUACUUGUUAAAGGAUCUGCCGAACUUGUAUCAGCCAACAGAGUCGCCAGAAUGGAAGGUCUUCUUGUCGAAGCCGUCGUUAAAGCUCAUCCUAACCCUGCUCGCCGGACUGGCUCGUGGCCAUCAAGCGUCUCAGAAGGAAAUCGCCAAAACGACACUGAAGCUAAUGCAUCGUUUGGAACAAGUGGCAUCGGAUAACUCGAUUGGAACACUAGCUGAGAACGUGAUCGAAGCGUUGAAUGAGGAUGAAGAAGUCAAGAAUCAGAUUAAAAUGGUUCGAGAUGAGACAGAGAAGAAGAAGAAGCAGUUGGCGAUGGCGAAUCGGGAGAAACAGCUACAGAAGAUGCGGAUGAAAGUGGGAAGUGGUGGACAGAUUACGGUCUCCUCCCGAACGAUCCACAACGAGCCCAGCAUCGACGACACCGACUCUCUGACGUGUUGCAUCUGCCGAGAAUCGGUAAUCCGUGGAACGCAAGCAGCCGGUGUCUACGCCUUCGCAGCAGUUGACCCGGAAACCGCACGAACUUCAACUGUCUCAAUGAUGGUUAUGGUUCACUUGGAAUGCCAUAAAAAUGCGAUUCGAGGUGGCGGCGGCGGACGGGCGGUCGACGAAUGGACGCGGUCGAAACUGCACAACGCUGGUGCCAAGUGCAAUGUGAUCACGCCGAUUGCAAUGGGAAAUUGUAGUAAUGAGAAUUGGAUGGAGGCGUUGCAGCGGUUUGCGACGGAUAUUGGAAGGAUUUCCGGCCUGGCGCAUGGUGUGAUCAAUCGGAAUUUCGUUUUUGUCGAUAUUUGCAAAUUGAUCGAUCGGUUUAUUUAUAAGAGAUCAUUCUCGAAUCAAUCGGACGGCGGUGGUCGUGAAUCAAACAUGCAAUACCUCUCGAUUCUCCAUCUUCUCGGCGUCUCUCUAGGAACUGGUGACGUGGAAUUUGAGAUUUCGAAUCCAAUGCAACGACUCGUCGCUUUCCUGUUCACCGAGCUCACUGCAGAGUCGUGGAACGAGCAGAAGAACGAUGUGCUCCGCGCGACACUCAACGACGCGCAAACGAAUGGUGUCGAAGCCACGUGGCAAGGAUUCAAGCCGACGUUGAUGACGUGGGCGCUGGUUGACGCCUACUUCAACAAGAUUAUCAAGAUCACUGGCGAAGACCGCAUCGAAUGGCUCCGUGAGCAUCUUGUUGAGAACAUCAACAAGACACGUGGAUUCGUCGAAGACUUUGACUCGAACGUUCUUCCGUGUGACGACAUCAACGAAUUCUGUGACGUCACUGGCGCACCGCUAGAAGAGCUCAACAUGUUCCUUGCUGGAAAUCAACCUUGA